AUGGCUCUGAUCGCGUUGUUGGCCACUCCACGGGAGCUCGAUUCAGAGUAUGACGACGCGUCGCGAAACAACGACGAAGUGAAUGGAUCGCUUUCACAUGAAGGAUCAAAAGAAAAGCUAGACAACAAUGGCCGAAUCCACUCGAUUGAUGACAUGAUGAAGUUGGAGGAAAACGGGGGAGCUAGUUCCGAGACGGAGAGUGAAACAAGUGAUGUGGCUACGUUUUCUGAUGGCGGAACAGGCUUAUGGACUCAAUUUGGACAAAUGUUCUGGACGCAGCCGUCUACAAGAAAGUCGUCGUUUAUUACAGGUCUCGAUUCAUGGGUACCAGAAGAUUGUGAGAAAGUUCUCGCAUUUCCCUGCAAUACCAUUAACAAAUACACGAAAGUUUACCCAAUUUACUCCAACUCAACAAAAGACAGCUCAUUCAGCGUUUUGGUGGACGCUACACCGCUCGCGAAGUCCAAACAAAAAGCGGCAGUCAAUCACUUGGUUUUAACAAUUCAUCCAAAUGCUGGCCCAAACAAGAACCGCGAAUUCAGCCUCAGUCUCUACAGAAGUCGAAAGGUAACUGAUGUGGUUGCGUUGUGUGAAAGAUGUCGAGAGUGUCGCAAGCUGUUCCGCUAUUUCCCGAGAGGAAAAGAAAAUACGAUAGAAUCUUUAUCUCAACUUUGUUGCCCUGAAGGACUUACGCCGUUGAUGAUUGCUAUUCAACAAAAUGACGAGGAAAUGGUUACGUUACUGGUCUCACUUGGUGUCGAUUUGAUGCAAACGACUGUUGAGGCGAAUAAUGUUCUUCAUUUGGCUGCUUGUACGACACCAUCAAUUCUAAAUAUUUUAUGGAACGCACUUGAACCCGAGCAAAAAAGAAUUCUUCUGAAUCAUCUCAAUCACGAUGGGGCAAGUCCACAAUAUGUGGCCUUUUCUUCGAUGAACGCUCGAUGUUUGAGUAGUUUAGUGAGCUAUUCGAAGCAAAUCGAUCCACACGCUGAGCCAGAAAAUCCGCUCAUCUCCGCGAUGAAAUCUUCGAAAACAACUAUUGUGCAGCUUGAAGCGAUUCUCAAGCAAAAUCCGGAUGCGUUGGAAAAGAAAGAUGCGCUCACGGGUAACUCGGUUCUGCACGCUGUUGCGCAUAAAAGACCGCUGAGUGCUCUGAUUGAAGUGAUGGGCAGCAAGUUGGACGUAAAUGUUCGAAAUAACCAACAACAAACACCACUUCAUGUUUAUGUGCACAAGAAUCAUCUCUCACUCGUCUUCACCAUUCUUGGAGCAGAAGUUGAUAUCAAUGCGCCGGAUGAAGAUGGAAAUACACCAAUGCACGUUGCCGUUUCGAACUUGAAUUUGCAAAUCGUGAGAACGCUACUUUGUUUUGGAGCCAAUCCAAACAUGAAAAAUCGCUACGACGAAACACCACGACAUUUGGCAGCGAAAAAUAAAGACGAACCCGGUGCCAUUGAUAUUCUCCGCUCAUUGAUUAUGUUUGGAGCAAAAAGCUGCCCAAUUGACAAAUUGGGAUGCACCGUUGCCUGUGUUCACAAGAUCAACUAUAUCUCCGAGAAAAUGAGCCCUACAGGCAGCAAUGCAGCACUACAAGACAGUUCCGCCGAAGUCGAGAAAGAUGUUGAGAAUGCCAAAGUGCGAGCUGAUGCUGCAACGGGAGCCUACGAAUUUGAAAUUGAUCCAGACACGCAUGACAUCAAUUACGCCUAUGUUGAACCGAAUCCGGCUAGAAAGUUUCCACAAGAGGAAGCAAUGCGCCAUGUUAAGCAAAUGUUAGAGAAAAUAGUGAAAGAGAAGGAAAAAUCGAACAUUAUAUCAAUUUUGUCAUGUGACGGAGGUGGAAUGAAAGGAAUUGUUAUGGUUCAGAUAUUGAUAAUUCUUCAACGAUAUCUUGACUCUCCGGUUCAAACUUACUUUGAUUGGAUGGCUGCGACGAGUACGGGAACAUAUGUUGCUGGAGCUCUAGCAAAAGGCCUCUCACUACCUCACAUGCAACGAUACUAUCUGCGAACAAAAGACAUCCUCUUCACCACAUGGACACGCCCGUACAAUACUCUUCGUUUUGAGCAAUUGUGCAAAGAAGCGCUUGGUGACGAUCGAAUGUUGGACAUUUCCUAUCCAAAAUUGAUUUUCACGACGACACGAGCUGAUACAUUCCCCUGCCAACUCACUUUACAAAGAAACUACCAAUUACCAAUGACGAUGAAGGAGAAUUUAGACUUGGGAUUCGAUGACCCGGCUGAAAUUCCACUUUGGUUAGCUGCUCGAAGAUCGGCAGCCGCCCCAACUUAUUUCGCGGCUUCUGAGGGAAAAUUCAUUGAUGGUGGAAUGGUAGCUAACAAUCCGAGCCUCGAUUUGCUGUCAGAAGUGAUGUUUUGGAAUACGAGUUGUCAAAUGAAAUCAGAGUCAUCUAAAACGGAAAAAGAGAAACGAGAUGAUCCAAAAGAUGUAACAAUUGGCUGUUUGUUGUCACUUGGAACGGGAAUAACACCGGUAUCUCCUGUCGACCCGUCCCUUUUUGAGAUGAGUGAUACGUUGGGAAUGUUACGAGGUAUCAAGAAUUUGACGCUAAUGGUUUUGGAUCAGGCCACCGCCACUGAGGGAGCCCCGAUUUCUCGGUGUAGAUCGUGGUGUCAUUCACUCCGAAUCCCAUACUUUCGACUCAAUGCACCACUAUUCAAAGAUGUUAUGUUGGAUGCUUCUGACGAUGUCGAGAUUGCACAAGUUUUGUGGGACUGCGAAGUUUAUGGAUACACGCAUCGGAAAGAUUUUGUCGAGUUGGCCGAACUGUUGAAGGCGAUUGGAACGAAUAAACACCGAAAGACGAGACUUGGAACGGGCCUUUCAACCGAUUAUGACGAGAUACGAUUGUCUAGGAAAGCAUCAAAAGAAUCGUCAAUUCGUCGUUUUUUACGUUAUCCUGCUAAUUUGUACAAUUGUUCGGGAAAAACGAGAGACGAAUGGCUGAGAACCGGCGAGAAAUGGCCGAUUGCCGGCCCUGUCUUCAUGGGCAUGGGGGCUGUGUUCUUGCUCCUCUACUUGCCCUCGAUCUAUGCCAUUCUAAAGCUCAAACUUACAAGAAACAUCUGCUAUAAGCUAAUGUUAUGCCUAAUUUUUACUGAUAUUGCGAAUUUGAUGGCCAAUUCGUUUGUUGGUGGAUAUUUGUUCCAAAUCGGCGCCGUUUUCUGUUGGAAUCCGGUUUUUAUGUAUCUUGAAGGGGUGUACAAUAGUUUAAUCUGGGGCAUUGCUGCUUUUCUUUACGUGGUGCUGGCGGUGAAUCGCUUUUUGGUGAUUUUGGGACGACCGCGGCUGGUUCGCGGCUUUUCGCGCAUUCGCAUCUGGGUGUGGCUCUUUUUGGCCGUUAUCUGGGGUCUCUUGAUCAGUAUUCUCACAAAACCACUCUCUUAUAACUCAAAAGCGAUGAUCGCCAUCGUUUUUCCGUUUAUCGAGGAUAUGAAUAAGGAAAACUUAUUGUACGUGAACAAAGCGCACACUUUCAACAAUCUCCUCUUCGCGAAUCUGAUAUUUUCGAUUUACUCGGCCAUCAUUUUCAUUCUUCUUUACACGAGAUCGAAAGGCGGAAUCAAGAUUUCGAGAGGGGAAAUGAAUGUGAGAUUUUGGAAACUAUUGGUAACUCAACCUUUC